AACGUCGUGAGCGUGAGAUGCGGCGGCAGCAGGAGCGCGAGCAGCGGCGCCGCGAGCAGGACGAGAAGAGACGGGUGGAGGACAUGGAGCGGCGCCGCAAGGAGGAGGAGGAGCGCAGGAGGGUGGAGGAGGAGAAGAGGAGGGCCGACCGAGAGCAGGAGUAUAUCCGUCGUCAGCUGGAGGAGGAGCAGAAGCACCUUGAGAUCCUGCAGCAGCAGCUGCUGCACGAACAGGCCAUGCUGCUGGAGAAUAAAUGGCGGGAGCUGGAGGAGCAGCGCCAGGCCCAGCAGCUCCAGAGGCAGCUGCAGCAGGAGCAGGCCUUCCUGCUGUCCCUCCAGCAAAACCCCAGCCUGGAUGGUAACAAAUCCUCCCAGCAGCAGAGCUCCAAACCCCCCCAGAGCGGGGAGCACGAGGGGGUGAAGCCCCUGCAGAGCUCUGAGCCGGAGACAACCCAACAACCACAGAGCGCUGAAUCUGAGAAGACGGUUCAAAAUCCCAGUCUGGAGAGAACUGCACAACCCAAGCUUCCUGUCGCUGACCCCGCCCCCGACUCUGAGCCAAUCAGAGAGUCUGAUGAUCGGUACAGGAAGAACAUCCAGGGCUCUCCCCAGGCGGCUCAGAUCAAACCCCCGCAGAUCAAACCCCCGCAGCCUCCGGUGCCCCCCCGCUCCGAUUCCUCCCACCCCAACGGGAGCUCGGCCUCCGAGGCGCCCGCCAUGCACCGGCCCGUCGAACCACAGGUCCGCUCCCACCUGGCUGCUUUAAAGAGCAGCGGCAGCGUGAACUCGUCAAACUCCAUCGCGUCCGCCCCGCCUCUCGUGUCGCGGCCGCACUCCUUCAGCGAGCUGCUCCCCUCUAGCUUUGAAAACCUUCACCUCCGCAACAACAACAACAAGCAGGAACCCCACCAUCACCCUCCAUCUUCAUCACCAUCAUCAUCUUCAACGCCUGCACGCACUGACCCACAACCCAAACCCCAGCAUAGGCCCAAUGAAACGGCCCCUUCAGAGGAGGUGCCGCCCCGGGUAAGGACAGGGACGAAAAGAUGGUGUAGUCUGGAAGUAGUAGAUGAUAUGGCAAAA